AUGUCAGAAUACUGGGUCUCGCACAAAAAGUACCUCUGCAAGUACUGCAAUAUCUACAUCGCCGACGACGCGCCUUCGCGGCGGCAGCACGAGACCGGCCUCCGGCACAAGGGCAAUGUCGAGCGAUUCGUCCGCGGACUCUACAAGGCGGGCGAGAAGCGCAAGCAGGACCUCGAGGAGGAGAAGCGCGAGAUCGCGCGCAUAGAGAAGGCCGCGAACGCCGCAUAUGCGCAGGACGUCGGCGCCGGCCUCGCCUCGGGCAGCGGCAGCGGCACCUCCUCCCGCGCAGGCUCCUCUGCCCCUGCAGAGAAGCAGACGGCCGCGCCGAAGCCGUCGAACCCCUUCGCGAACUACUCGACGGCGGAGUCGCUGGGCUACACCGACCCCGACGCGGAGCGCGCAAAGGCGGAGGCGGAGCUGCGCCGCACGCAGGGCAUCGCGGGUGAGUGGGAGGUCGUCGAGGUUGUGCCCUCGGCUGCUCCAGCCGAAGGAUCGCACAGGGAACGUGGAAAGGAACAGAAGGAGGGGAGAGGAGAGGCAGGGGAGUCUGCGCGGGCUGGGGAGAAGCGGUCUGCCGCGGAGGUCCCGCUGGACGACGAGGACAGCCGGGGGUGGAAGCUUAGGCGAAAGACCACCCAUGUGGGGUUGGGCGAGCUGUACGACCCCGGUGCGGUGCCUAUCAAGCUGAAGGCGAAGAAGGAGGAG